AGGUCAUUGACCCUGCCUGGAAAACACUGGGCUGGUGUAUAUAAGGAAAGCAGGCCAGCCUGUGUGCCCAGCAAUGGUGACUAUGUGGUGGCCCUGCCUUGUUUUGGCCCUGCUCUCUGGCUUGGAGACCUCUGGCUUUCCAAGAAGCCCCCUCCGGCUGCUAGGGAAACGGAGCCUCCCAGAAGGGGUGGUUGAUGGCAUUGAGGUCUACAGUACCAAGAUCAGCUGCAAGGUGACCUCCCGCUUUGCCCACAAUGUCGUCACCACAAGGGCUGUCAAUCGUGCAGACAAAGCCAAGGAGGUUUCCUUUGAUGUGGAACUGCCCAAGACAGCCUUUAUCACCAACUUCACCUUGACCAUUGAUGGUGUCACCUACCCUGGGAACAUCAAGGAGAAGGAAGUUGCCCAGAAGCAAUAUGAAAAGGCUGUGUCCCAGGGCAAGACAGCUGGUUUGGUCAAGGCCUCUGGGAGGAAACUGGAGAAAUUCACAGUGUCUGUUAAUGUGGCUGCGGGAAGCAGGGUCACUUUUGAGCUAACCUAUGAAGAGCUGCUCAAGAGGAACAAGGGCAAGUACGAGAUGUACCUUAAGGUCCAACCCAAACAACUGGUCAGACACUUUGAGAUUGAUGCACACAUCUUUGAGCCACAGGGCAUCAGCAUGCUGGAUGCUGAGGCCUCAUUCAUCACUAAUGACCUCCUGGGAAGCGCCCUCACCAAGUCCUUCUCAGGGAAAAAGGGACAUGUGUCUUUCAAGCCCAGCUUAGACCAACAGCGCUCAUGCCCAACGUGUACAGACUCCCUCCUCAACGGGGACUUCACCAUCAUCUAUGACGUGAACAGAGAGUCUCCAGGCAACGUGCAGGUAGUCAAUGGCUACUUUGUGCACUUCUUCGCACCCCAAGGCCUUCCAGUGGUGCCUAAGAAUAUAGUCUUUGUGAUCGACAUCAGCGGCUCCAUGGCUGGGCGGAAAAUCCAGCAGACCAGGGAUGCCCUUCUCAAAAUCCUGGAUGACAUGAAACAUGAUGACUAUCUGAAUUUCAUUCUGUUCAGCACGGAUGUGACUACCUGGAAAGAUAGCCUAGUUCAAGCCACUCCUGCAAACCUUGAAGAGGCCAGGACAUUUGUGAGGAAUAUCCGUGAUCAAGGAAUGACCAACAUUAAUGAUGGGCUGCUGAGGGGCAUCCAUAUGCUGACAGAUGCCCAGAAGCAGCACAUUGUCCCCGAGAGGAGCACCUCCAUCAUCAUCAUGUUGACAGACGGGGAUGCCAAUACUGGUGAGAGCAGACCUGAAAAAAUCCAGGAGAAUGUCCGGAAUGCCAUUGAGGGCAAGUUCCCUUUGUAUAACCUGGGCUUUGGCAACAAUCUGAAUUAUAAUUUCCUGGAGACUAUGGCCCUGGAGAACCACGGGCUUGCCCGGCGCAUUUAUGAAGAUUCUGAUGCCAACUUGCAGCUGCAGGGCUUCUAUGAGGAGGUAGCCAACCCACUGCUGACGAAUGUGGAGGUGGAUUAUCCCGAGAAUGCCAUCCUGGACCUUACCAAAAACAAUUACCCCCACUUCUAUGAUGGCUCUGAGAUUAUUGUAGCAGGGCGCCUGGUGGACAGCAACAUGAACAACUUUAAAGCAGAUGUGAAGGGUCAUGGGGCCUUGAACGACCUGACCUUCACAGAGGAGGUAGACAUGAAGGAAAUGGAUGCAGCUGUGAAGGAGCAAGGCUACAUUUUUGGGAACUACAUCGAGCGGCUCUGGGCCUACCUCACUAUUGAGCAGUUACUGGAGAAACGCAAGAACGCCCAUGGGGAGGAGAAGGCAAACCUCACAGCCCAGGCCCUGGAGCUGUCCCUCAAGUACCAUUUUGUGACUCCGCUGACCUCCAUGGUGGUGACCAAGCCUGAGGACAACGAGGAUCAGACAUCCAUUGCUGACAAGCCUGGGGAAGCCCCCUAUGGGACCACAUCCAUGGCCUACUUGACCAGCCACCAGUCUCUUCCAACCCCCUACUAUUAUGUGGACGGGGACCCUCACUUCAUCAUCCAAGUCCCGGGAAAAAAUGACACCAUCUGCUUCAACAUUGAUGAGAAGCCUGGCACCGUGCUUCGCCUUAUUGAGGACCCAGUCACAGGCAUCACUGUGACUGGACAGAUCAUUGGAGACAAGGGAAGUAGCUCUUACUCCAGGACAGGGAAGACCUAUUUUGGAAAACUGGGCAUUACCAAUGCUUGGAUGGACUUCCGGAUUGAGGUGACCACAGAGAAGAUCAUCCUGGGAACUGGAGACGAACUGAGCACAUUCAGCUGGCUGGACACAGACACAGUCACAGUCACACAGACUGGGCUGUCUGUGACAAUCAACAGGAAGAAGAACAUGGUAGUCUCCUUUGGAGAUGGGGUUAACUUUGUGAUCGUCCUACACCAGGUUUGGAAGAAACAUCCACUUCACCAGAACUUCCUAGGGUUCUACGUGGUGGACAGUCACCGGAUGUCAGCACAGACACAUGGGCUGCUGGGCCAAUUCUUUCGCCCCUUUGACUUUGAAGUGUUUGACAUCCGCCCAGGCUCUGACCCCACAAAGCCAGACGCCACAAUGCUCGUGAAGAACCAUCGGCUGACUGUCACAAGGGGCUCCCAGAAAGAUUACAGGAAGGAUGCCAGUGUUGGCAUGAAAGUCAUCUGCUGGUUUGUCCAUAACAAUGGGGAAGGGCUGAUUGAUGGUGUCCAUACCGACUACAUUGUCCCCAGCUUGUUCUGAGUAACAUGCCACCCCACUGCUGAAGUAGACGGCCUGGAUUGUCUGGAGCAAGUGCCCAGAAUGGGGCUUGUGGGAAGGACCGGAACAAUAA